AUGGAACGCUCAGUAACCAUUGACUUACCAGUCGAACAAGUAGCCAAAGUGGUGAAACGCCACCUCGUUUAUCAUCCAGCAUCCUCAUCAUCUUCACUGAUACCACCGCAUCCCUCACGCAAACAACGCCAGCAACGCAAACAGCAGCAAAAGCAAAGGAAGGAGCAGAAGCUGAAGCAACAGCAACAGGAGCAAAGGAAGCAGCCUACCUACAACACACAUCAUUUAUUACCUGGUGGCUCCAUACUCGAUGAAAUCUACAAAUGGACAGCUCAAGUAGAGAACAAACAGCAAAAGAGAAAUCGCACACAGAGUAUAUCACUGCCUGCACAUCGCGAGCCUACCGUCGAUGUGUCGUUGCAGUCCUUGAAGCAACCUGGUGGCUUCAGGCGUCAUUAUGUGUUGAGCAAAGCAGCGAAACAGGGGAAGAAGCCCCCUAAUUUCGUAACAUCCAGCUUUGUAGAAUUCCUCUGUUUAUAUGGCCAUUUUGGAGGUGAGAAUUUGAGCGAUGCUGAAUCAUCCUCUUCGGAUUCCUCGUCAGAUUCGUAUCACUCAAGCGAAGAUGACAAUGGUGCAGGUGCCAGCAGCGAGGAUGACAGCAUACCUGAGGGCGGUAUCAUGGCCUAUCGCCCGCCCUUGAACAAUGCAUCGUAUUCGUAUGGAGCAACAGACGCUACACAAGGCUCACCGCUACCCAUCUCAACAAACACAAAACGACCCGUCGUCCCGUUGCAAUACAAACAGCUUCAAGCAAGAGAGACCAUGCCACUGUUGUCCAGAUCUCGUCCAGGACAGACACUGCAAGGAAAAGCGACGCCGGGUAAAGCCAUGUUCCUACUACUCAAGUCAUUUGUCACUACUGGCAUCAUGUUUUUGCCUAAAGCUUUCUACAAUGGAGGUUUGUUGUUCUCCAUCUUUGCCAUCACUGCCUGGGCCCUGAUCUCACUAUGGUCCUUUUUGCUGCUGGUGCAGACUCGACUCGUCGUGCCUGCUAGUUUUGGAGACAUGGGAGGCGUGCUGUAUGGAUCCCGUAUGCGAGUUGCUGUACUAGUCGCCAUCACAUUAUCACAGAUUGGAUUUGUAUGCGCUUACAUGAUUUUUGUUGCAGAGAAUUUACAGUCAUUGGUGCUCACGUUCUCCAAGUGUCGACUCACCAUCCCAAUGCAUCUGUUGAUAUUGGCUCAAAGUUUUGCCUUUAUUCCACUUGCCAUGAUUCGAAAAAUCCAACGCUUAUCCGUAUUCGCUUUGAUUGCAGACGUCUUUAUUGUGAUUGGAUUGAUCUACCUGUUUUACUAUGAUUUGAAGGAGCUGUUUACGGUUGGCAUGGUGCAGGUGGAGAUGUGGAAUCCUUUGCAUUACCCGCUUUUCCUCGGCACUGCAGCAUUUACAUUUGAAGGCAUUGGAUUAGUCAUCCCCAUUACCGAAUCCAUGAAGGAUCCCAAGAAAUUCCCUCGCGUCUUGACCAGAGCCCUGACGGUAAUCACCUGCUUAUUCAUCACUAUGGGCGCUUUAUCCUACAUGACAUUUGGCGAGAAUGUGCAAACCAUCAUUUUACUCAACUUGCCUAGCAAGGAUCCCAUGGUAUCCUCCAUCCAGACACUGUAUUCACUAGCCAUCUGCUUGUCGAUCCCAUUGCAAUUAUUUCCGGCUAUCCGUAUCAUGGAAAACGGUCUGUUUACCACCAAAUCAGGAAAGAACAAUGCCAUUGUCAAGUGGCAAAAGAACGUGUUUCGAGUGUUUGUGGUGUUUUUAUGUGCAGGCAUUGGCAUCAUCGGCUCCAAGGACAAACUGGACAAGUUUGUAGCUUUGAUUGGUGCCCUGUUCUGUAUUCCUCUCUGCUUUGUGUUUCCUCCCUUGUUUCAUCUCAAGGCUUUGGAGCUGCCUACCACGAGACGCAUUGCUAAUUUUGCAUUGAUUUUGUUUGGUAUUAUAUGUAUGGCAUUUGUAUCAUUUUCAACCAUCACUCAAUGGAAUUCAGCAGAACCAACUGAUCCAGUUCAACGAUGUAUUAUUCAUAGAGCAUAA